UACGUAUAUAUAGUUGGAUGCAAAGCUUGUUCAGUCAUUAUUCAUUCUUUACUGGCAUUAAGACAUAUCGACAACACAGGUUCUUGCAAACAUGCAGUGUUCAUACUUAAUUUUCCUUGCUGUAGUUUGCACAGCACAUUCUGUUUUGUCAAUGUCAUUAAAGGAGAUCAGUGAUGCUUGUAAGAAAGAGUAUAACUUUGAUGGCGAUUUAGAUAAAAUUAAUUACGACGAUCCUGAAUUUCCAAAAGAAGCUAAGUGUACAUUGGCCUGUUCAUUUGAGAAAAAGGGUGUGAUGAAAGCAGAUGGAUCGUUCGAUAAGGAAAAGGAUAAAGAGGCUGUUGAAGAAAUAGUGAAAGAUGAAGUGCUAAAAGCAAAGUUGAUGGCAGCGAUUGAUGAAUGUGAUGUUACAGCGAAUGCAGAUAAAUGUGAAGCGGCUUACGAGUUUGUAAAAUGCAAAAAAGCGAAGUUGAAAGCAGAUGGAUCCUUCGAUAAAGAAAAGGAUAAAGAGGCUGUUGAAGAAAUAGUGAAAGAUGAAGUGCUAAAAGCAAAGUUGAUGGCAGCGAUUGAUGAAUGCGAUGUUACAGCGAAAGCAGAUAAAUGUGAAGCGGCUUACGAGUUUGUAAAAUGCAAAAAAGCGAAGGCUGGACCACAUUGAAUAUGAAGACGGAAGGCUCAUUUAUUUUAUUAGGUUAUUCCCACUUACAUGUAGUCGAAUAUAUAAAUAAAAAUAAUUACCAUGUACAUUAAUAUACAUAUACAUUGUUUUUUAAUCUUUAACAAUAAAUAUUAACUUUAUGUCGAAAAUA